AUGUGUGUAUGUUUGUGAGUGAGAGAGUGAGUAAAGCUUAGUGUGUGUGUUUUCUUUCUGCCAUAUAUAGGGGCAAACUUGCUUCGAGACGAGGUUGUGUGUUAUAUAGUCUGUGAUCUAUCUGCAAACCUCUCUUUCUUUCUAUCAUUCUUUCCUCUAUACCCUCGGGACUAUAAGGAGCUCUGCAUACUUGGCCUGCUUUAGCCAAAGUUGGAGGAAAAUUAUUGAGCACUUGAUAGAUUAUUUUGUCCUGUUGAUUUCGAAGAUCUGUUCAGUUGCUGGCAAACAUGGAAGGAAUGAAUGACGCUCAUGAUGACGGAGCCUUCAUGUUCACCUCAGAGUCUGUGGGAGAAGGGCAUCCAGAUAAAAUCUGUGACCAAAUCAGUGAUGCAGUUCUUGACGCACACUUGAACCAGGACCCGGAUGCCAAAGUGGCCUGUGAAACUGUUUGUAAGACUGGUAUGGUACUCCUCUGUGGUGAGAUCACAUCUCGGGCCAACGUUGACUACCAGAAGAUUGUGCGAGACACCAUUAAACACAUUGGUUACGACAACUCUGAAAAAGGUUUCGACUAUAAAACCUGCAAUGUGCUGGUGGCUCUCGAGCAGCAGUCUCCUGACAUAGCGCAGGGUGUCCACGUUGACAGACAUGAGGAAGAUAUUGGAGCUGGAGACCAGGGGCUCAUGUUUGGCUACGCCACUGACGAGACGGAGGAGUGCAUGCCACUCACCAUUGUCCUCGCUCACAAACUCAAUGCCAAAAUGGCUGAGCUGCGGCGGGAUGGCACCAUCCCAUGGCUCCGCCCAGACUCAAAAACUCAGGUCACUGUGCACUACAAGCAGGAGAAUGGUGCUGUGAUUCCUUUGCGUGUCCACACAGUGGUCGUCUCCGUCCAACAUGACGACAACAUUUCACUGGAGGAGCAAAAGCGUAUUCUGAAGGAGAAGGUUAUUAAAGCUGUGGUGCCAGCAAAAUAUAUAGACGAUAAGACUGUGUACCAUCUGCAGCCAAGUGGACGCUUUGUCAUUGGAGGGCCUCAGGGAGAUGCUGGUGUCACGGGUAGGAAGAUUAUUGUGGACACAUAUGGUGGAUGGGGGGCUCAUGGUGGUGGAGCAUUCUCUGGAAAGGACUACACCAAGGUGGACCGCUCUGCUGCCUAUGCUGCACGCUGGGUGGCUAAAUCUCUGGUGAAGGCCAAACUGUGCAGAAGAGUGUUGGUUCAGGUGUCUUACGCCAUUGGAGUCGCCUACCCUCUCUCAAUCUCCCUUUUCACCUACGGCUCAUCGGAAAAAACAGAGAAGGAGUUGCUACAGAUUGUCAACAAGAACUUUGACCUCCGACCAGGUGUCAUUGUUAGGGACCUGAACCUGAAGAGACCGAUCUACCAGAGCACCGCCUGCUACGGUCAUUUUGGCCGAUCAGAGUUCCCCUGGGAGAUGGCCAAGAGUCUCAAGGUUUAAACCGAGAGGAGUCUUACCUUCAGUCAUUCAGUCGCUCUUUCCUCCAGCGCUCCUCUCUCAGCUGAUUUUGGUUCUCUUCCCGCAUAUGCUACAUUUAAGAUUAGACGAAUAUAUACUGUAAAUGUCAAGAUUGAUAAAUCCGGUCUUUUAUUAAGAAGUCUAUCGUGAAAGGAUCCCUCACAACUGUUUCAGCACUCAUGACAAUCUAUCAUUCCUUAAAGCUAAAGUGCGUCCUAUACCAGCUUAGAAUAUAGAGAAAACCUUAAGUAAUAAAUUCAUAGUUUGAUUACCUUAAAAAGCUAAGUACUGUGACUCUGGUGCUAUCAAAACAUUACUCUGUCAGCAGCAACUGGCGCGAGUUUUGGGCGGGAAUAUCUGUUUGUUUUUUUCCGAUCAACGGAGGAGAGCUCGGGAAAACUGCAGUGCAAUUGUGUUUGGUAAUUAUUCAGUUUUUACUACAUUGUAAUUUCUUUUUCAUGAGCCAAAUUAAUUAUUUAGUCCGUUUUUCAUUGUGGCUGUAACCAGUUACAGCUAGCAGCGUGUUGCGAAGAAUUAUAAGCAUAUUGUGGACCAUUGGGAGCUUUAGGUUUUAUAAGUUAUACAAUCUGAUAAACAUAUUCCUUGCAUCAUAUAUUUACAGUCUUAAAAGGGUCUAAUUUGUGUGCCUUUUUCUCGCAUCAUGAGAACAUUUGCUUUUUAUGCUUCAUUUUUUUUUACUGCAUUAUCUCAUUAAUGUUUGAUAAUGGCAGAGGGAUAUUAUGAGAAUAUUGUUGUUUACAUGUACAGAUCCUGUGCUGGUCUUACAUCAAUUGUCACCCCUGGAGUGUGAGCAUAUAUGUGUGUGUGUGUGUAUGUAUCACUUAUGAAAAAAGCCAGAUUAUGUUGCACACUUGAGAUGUGUGUGAAAGCCACUCAUUUGUUUUCUUUAGACUUCUGGGAGUUCAACCGAGGUAGACUAUUAACCCCUAAAACACUAUAAAUCACCUUCUUACUGUUCUUUCAGAUUUUCAACUUUUGUUUUAAAGAUUGAAUUAAGAAUUUGACAUGUAAAUAAUUGUGAAUAAUUAAAGUGUGGAAAAUUCUUCAUAUA